AUGGCCCCCAGGGGUUUCGCGGGGCCGCCGCCUCUGCAGCCACAGCCACCAUCACCCCCGGCGUCUGGCAUCUGGCAGGGGAAAAUGUUAGCCAUGGGAGCGCUGACCGGUUUCUCUGUGCUCAGCCUCCUCACCUAUGGCUACCUGUCCUGGGGCCACGGCCUGGAGGAGGAAGAGGAAGGGACAGCAGCCAGAGCCCCCCAAGCUAGAGAGGGGCCAGAGCCCAGGUCAUCCGCUACCUCUCAGCCUCAUAUUGUGUUCAUCCUAGCUGAUGACCAGGGAUUUAGAGAUGUGGGAUACCACGGAUCAGAAAUCAAGACGCCCACUCUGGACAAGCUUGCUGCCCAAGGAGUUAAACUGGAAAACUACUACGUCCAGCCUAUUUGCACACCGUCCAGAAGUCAGUUUAUCACUGGAAAGUAUCAGAUACACACCGGACUUCAGCACUCUAUCAUAAGACCUACUCAGCCCAACUGCUUACCUCUCGAUAAUGCGACCCUACCUCAGAAACUAAAGGAAGUUGGCUAUUCAACUCAUAUGGUUGGAAAAUGGCAUUUGGGGUUCUAUAGGAAAGAAUGCAUGCCAACCAAGAGAGGAUUUGAUACUUUUUUUGGCUCUCUCCUGGGAAGUGGUGAUUACUAUACACACUAUAAAUGUGACAGCCCAGGGAUGUGUGGGUAUGACUUGUAUGAGAAUGACAACGCUGCUUGGGACCAUGAUAAUGGUAUAUACUCAACACAAAUGUACACUCAGAAAGUGCAGCAGAUUUUAGCUUCCCACAACCCCAGGAAACCUAUAUUUUUGUAUAUUGCCUAUCAAGCUGUUCACUCACCACUGCAGGCACCAGGAAAAUACUUUGAACAUUACAGAUCCAUUAUCAACAUUAACCGGAGGAGGUAUGCUGCCAUGCUGUCAUGCCUGGAUGAAGCCAUCAACAACGUGACCCUAGCUUUAAAGAGGUAUGGUUUCUAUGACAACAGCAUCAUCAUCUACUCUUCAGAUAAUGGGGGACAGCCCAUGGCAGGAGGAAGCAACUGGCCUCUCAGGGGAAGCAAGGGAACCUAUUGGGAGGGAGGGAUUCGAGCGGUUGGCUUUGUUCACAGCCCACUUCUGAAAAACAAAGGAACAAUCUGCAAAGAGCUUGUGCACAUCACUGAUUGGUACCCCACGCUGAUCACACUGGCCGAAGGCUGGAUUGAUGAGAACACUCAGCUAGAUGGCUAUGAUAUCUGGGAGACCAUCAGCGAAGGCCGGCGUUCUCCACGGGUAGAUAUUCUGCACAACAUUGACCCCAUUUACACAAAAGCCAAAAAUGGUUCUUUGGCAGCAGGCUUUGGAAUCUGGAACACAGCCAUACAGUCAGCAAUAAGAGUACAACACUGGAAACUGCUGACGGGGAAUCCGGGCUAUAGUGACUGGGUUCCCCCUCAGUCUUUUAGUAAUGCUGGGCCCAAUCGGUGGCACAAUGAACGAAUUUCCUGGUCUGCCGGCAAAAGCGUUUGGCUUUUCAACAUCACAGCUGACCCAUAUGAGCGAGUGGACCUUUCGAAUAAGUAUCCAGGGAUUGUGAAGAAGCUUUUACGGAGACUGUCCCAGUUCAAUAAAACUGCAGUCCCUGUCAGAUAUCCACCCAAAGACCCUAGGAGUAACCCUAGGCUCAAUGGAGGAGUCUGGGGGCCAUGGUAUAAAGAAGAUGAUAAGAAAAGGAAGCCAGGAAAAAACAAGGCUGAAAAAAAGCAGAAAAAGCCUAAGACAAAGAAGAAAAAACAUCGGAAAAAAGGGCAGUUUCCAAAUUGCCAAAUAGACCUUGCUCGUGGGAAAUCAUAAAAAGGCAGUGUUUGAGGAAACUCAAAUCCACCCAUCCUUUGCCCCAUACUUUCUCCAGAUAAACUGUCAAAGCCGUCUCUAUAAUGAGACUCCCUGAAAACCCCAGAUGUGUUCUCAUACCAUGCCAAUGCAGAGCGGUCUCAAACUUGA